AUUUAUGCCGCAGCAGACCUGCAGAAUCGACCCACAGUCAUGGCUCUCUACAGGUUGAUCUGUGCCACGGCUCUGCUCUCCCUCCUGACUCAAGAGUCUCAUUCACAACUAAAUGUGUGCGGUAAGCCUGUGCUCAACACCAGGAUCGUUGGAGGACAGGCGGCCCCUGAGGGCAGCUGGCCCUGGCAGGCCAGCCUGCAUCGAUUUGGGAAUCACUUCUGUGGAGGGUCCCUCAUUAACAGUGAAUGGGUGCUGACUGCGGCUCACUGCUUCCCAAGUUCCGGCACAGCCAACCUGAUUGUGUAUCUGGGUCGCCAAAAUCAAGAAGGCGUCAACUCUAACGAGGUGUCGAGGAUGGUUACACGGAUCAUCAAUAACCCUAACUACAACUCCGGGACGAGCGACAACGACAUCUGCCUCCUGAAGCUCUCCUCUCCGGUCCUCUUCACCAACUACAUCGCUCCCGUGUGCCUGGCAGCCUCGGACAGCACCUUCUUUAGCGGCACCGACUCCUGGGUCACCGGCUGGGGGGACGUCGCAUCUCAAAUUCCUCUUCCAUCCCAAAGCCUCAUGGAGGUGGAGGUGCCCAUCGUGGGGAACAGGCAGUGCAAAUGUGACUAUGGAGUGAAUACAAUCACAGACAACAUGAUCUGCGCCGGGCUCCGGGCCGGAGGGAAGGACUCCUGUCAGGGGGACUCAGGCGGUCCGCUGGUGAGCAAGCAGGGCGGCCGCUGGAUCCAGGACGGAGUCGUGAGUUUUGGGAACGGUUGCGCCUUACCUAAUUUCCCAGGAGUCUACUCCAGAGUUUCCCGGUAUCAGGCCUGGAUCAACAGCCUAAUCACCAGCAACCAACCGGGCUUCGUCACCUUCACGUCCACAGGGACUGACAGCGACCUCAGCGUGUCCUGUCGCGGCCUGCCCCCCCUUCCAACCUCCGCCCCUACAUCCCCACCAAAGGUCACUCCACAGCCGUCAAACUCUGGAAAAACCACAACUCAACCUCCACCCACUGCUGUGUUCUGUGGCAAAGCCCCGAGGAAUUCACGUAUUGUGGGAGGAAGCUCGGUGGCGACGGCCGGCGAGUGGCCCUGGAUGGUGAGUCUGCAGAAGAACGGGAGUCAUGUGUGUGGCGGGACUCUGGUGGCCGAGGACGCCGUCUUGAGCAACGCCGAAUGCUUCACAAGUUCCCCCUCAGCGUCUGAUUGGACCGUUGUGUUGGGUCGGCUGAAACAGAACGGGUCCAACCCCUUUGAGGUGAAAAUGAACGUGUCAAACAUCACUCUGAGCAUGAUGACGGGGUCUAAUGUAGCCGUGCUGCACCUGCACACCAAGCCCACCCUGUCCGACUACAUCCAGCCCAUCUGCAUGGACAAUGGACGGACCUUUUCCGUGGGAACGUCCUGCUGGGUUGCUGGUUGGAGCUCUGCGAAAGGAGGAGAAGAACAAGUCCUGCAGGAGUUUAAGACCUCUGUGGAAAAUUGUGGGAACGCGUCGUCGAGUGACAUUUUAUGUACCGGCACUUUUACACUGGAUCCAACUGACUCUGGCGGUCCGAUGAUGUGUAAGCAGGACGGCUCCUGGUUCCAGGCGGUGGUGCUCUCAGCUGAAAGCACAGCCAAUAAGACCAGAACAAAAGCAGCAGUGAAGAAACAUACAAGACUCAGCCGCUUCGAGAACUUCCUGGAAGUAAAUGUGGGUUUCUUAUCUUCAGACACCACCAACUCCACCGCUGCCCCCACCCCCACGCUGCCCACCAACAGCGGGGGGAGCCCUGUUCUCUCCCCCCUCUUCUUCCUCCUCCAUCUCCUCAUCUUCUCCACCUGUCUCCGACUCUUUUUGUAGAAAGCUCAAACUUUGUAAAUUGUGAUUUACAUGAUGUGGCGAUCACAAAUGAAUGUAAUCUUUAUUAACAAAUGUCUUAAUUUAAGAGAAGAUUUAGCUCAAAGCUGCAUCUAUGACUUAAUUUUGUGAGCACUUGGCGUAGAGAGGUAGUUAAAUCCGACAUCCGGGGGGAAAUAACAACUUAAGGAGCUGCAAUAAGCACAGCAAUGCAAAAAUAAAUCCUAUCAGAGAGGCUAAUUUCUGUUUAAACAAUCCUUAUUCAACUGCAGGGUACAUGUUGCAGAAACCUCCUAUUUUAAGGAAGGAAAGGAAGAGUUAAACACUGUGUCCACACAGCGUCUCUUUCUGAGCGCCUUUUUUCAUUUAUGUCUGCUCUAGAAACCAACACUACUUUUCACACUGAGCUAAACCUUUGAACCGUUGUUUUUCUUAUUGAAACACAAAAAUAAUGACGUCACUUUAAGACAAUUAGAGGAGUUAGAAGUGUUGACGACAUCUGUAGAGAAAUCUAAAGAUGUUAUUUGGGAAAAUGAAGAAUAACUCCAAAGCAGGAGAUAGAAGAAGGUUAGCGGGCUAACAUACUAGUUAGCAUUUUGUAUGUUUUGUUGAGCAUAAAGAGAGCGGCCAUACAGGUUAAAAAACGCUUGCUAAAUCCACUUCGUAGAAUAGGGAGAGUGAGAACAGUUUAUGCCUAGGGGUUUAAAUCAGUUUCAACUUCAUCUCUCUUACUUAUACAUUAAAAACAUUAUUAGCUGCCUUGGUGUUUUUGUGGAUAACAGACAUGGAAAGAGAAAAUAUAUUUUUUUAACUGCAUAAGUAAGUCAAGAAACAUAUUGUAAAUAUAGAGAAGAAAUACCACACCUUUAUGAAAAAAUAUAUAAUGAAGAUGUAAAAACUCUGGGCAGGGAAUAUGCAAAACUGUACACUAAGGUACAGGAUUGGUGGAUUUUUCUUUUUCUUAGAGUUCCCAACCCUGAGGGUUUUACAGAAAGCAACAUUUUAUAUAUUUGUAAAGAAAUGUGUGCAUGUACAGAGAUACAUUUCUAAAAGAAAGUUAAAAAUAAACGUUUAAAUAUGAAUUACUUUGAAGGAGAUUAACCUGAAGCCAGCUUCACUGCUCUAUCACAAAAUAAAACAUGAUUACAUUCAUUUUGUGAUCCUGUACGCGAACUGCUCCAGUCUAAAAAUGAAGAAUAGUUUGAGCUGCACUGAAAAAAAGUCUGGUACGGUUUAUGAAGCUAUGGACCAUACGGCUAAAUGCACGUUUUUUUAUAAUUAUUUUUUUAAUGAAUACAAUAAUGAAAUGUGUGAAAUCUUUGUAAUAUAUAAUCUUCUACAUACUGAGGAAUAUUUUGUGAGAACUUUAUAAUUGUUUAACCUCAAAGUGGCAUUUAUUAUGGAUCGAGACAUUACACACAUGGCCUUAACAUCUUUUACAAAGACGUCAACUCCAACUGACGUAGAAGCAGAUGGUGUAUAUUGAUACAAUUGGACGGAUUAUUGAACAAAUGUAAGAUUUAAGGAACACUGAGAGCCCUUGUCUACCUCAUAAUAUCAUGGAGCUAACAUGUCAACAUCUAUAAAAAACAAUAUUUGCUCUUAAAAUACUUCAGCUGCACUUUUCAUGGAUCAUAAGUCUGCCAAGUCUUGCCGUGGAUUGCAUGCUCUUUAACUGUGAAAUAAUUGUACAAUUUGUUUUGAUUUGAUGCCAUAAUGACCUUUUUGAAAUAUUUCUGUGUUUUUUUUACAAACAUCCAGAAGCAUAUUAAUAAUUCUCUUUAUUGUUUUGGUUCGUAUCGAGAUGAUUAAAUACAUAAUGAAAAUG